AUGUCGGACCAGCUCAAGAAAAACGCCGCGCUGCCUCGUGUCGAGAGCUUCGAGCUCUCGGGUUCUUUCGAAGACAUCGACCACCCUUCACAAAAUUCCCAUACAGGCUCCUUCACUGAGAUACACCAAGCCAACGCCUCGAUCACUACCUCUACUUCUCCUUCCGCCCCACCAGCCCGUGAAGUCAAGCGUGCGCUGCAGCCGCGUCACGUGUCCAUGAUCGCUCUGGGCGGAACGAUCGGCACCGGGCUCUUCAUCGGGAUUGCAACUCCGCUGCAAAACGCCGGCCCGGUCGGCGCUCUCAUUGCAUACAUGUUCAUGGGCUCCCUCGCCUACAGUGUGACCCAAUCGCUCGGCGAAAUGGCAACUUUCAUCCCGGUCACGUCUUCGUUCACGGUCUUCACGCGCCGUUUCAUUUCGCCCGCGUUCGGCGCCGCGAACGGCUAUCUGUACUGUUUCUCGUGGUGCAUGACGUUUGCCCUCGAGCUGUCGAUCCUGGGCCAAAUUAUCGAGUACUGGACAUUUGCGGUGCCGAACGCGGCGUGGAUCAUCAUCUUCUGGGUGCCCACGGUUUUCUCGAAUUUCGUGCCCGUGGCUUACUACGGUGAGUUCCAGUUCUGGAUCUCGCUAGUAAAAGUACUGGCAAUUGUGGGGUUUUUGAUCUACUGUUUGUGCAUGGUGUGCGGUGCGGGAGUGAAUGGCCCCGUUGGAUUCCGUUACUGGCGGAACCCGGGUCCCUGGGGGAACGGGAUAGUGGCCGCAAAUCGCGACAAAGCUCGGUUUUUAGGGUGGGUGUCAUCGCUGAUCAAUGCUGCGUUUACGUACCAGGGAACAGAGCUGGUGGGUAUCACUGCUGGGGAGUCACGAGACCCGCGCAAAACCGUUCCCAAAGCCAUCAACAAGGUGUUUAUGCGGAUCGUGCUGUUCUACAUAGGCUCGUUGUUCUUUAUUGGACUGCUGGUGCCGUUCAACGACGAUAAGCUGACAUCGGACUCUUCGUACGCGGCCAGCUCGCCCUUCAUUAUCGCAAUGCAGAACUCCGGGACCAGGGUGCUUCCGGACAUCUUCAACGCGGUUAUCCUGGUGACCAUCAUCUCGGCGGCUAAUUCCAACGUGUACGUGGGGUCGCGUGUUCUUCUGGGUCUGGCCAAGGAGCGGCUGGCGCCUCAGAUCUUCGCGCACGUGAACCGGUUUGGAGUGCCGGACGUCGCCGUCGGGCAGGUGUCGCUGUUUGGGUUCCUAGCCUUCCUGAGCGUGUCCAAUGGUUCGCAGAAGGCUUUCGACUGGCUCCUGAACAUCACGGCGAUCGCCGGGUUCUUUGCCUGGCUGUUCAUCUCGCUGUGCCAUAUCAGAUUCAUGCAGGCGCUCAAGCUGCACGGAAUCUCGCGGGGCGAUCUGCCGUUCAAAGCGAAGUUUAUGCCCUGGGGCGCAUACUACGCUGCAUUUUUCAUCGCGCUCAUCAUCGUUAUCCAGGGAUUCACUGCAUUCGCGCCUCAUUUUGACGUUUCAGGGUUCUUCACCGCGUACAUCAGCGUUAUUCUCUUUUUCAUUAUCUGGAUCAUUUUCCAAUGCAUUUUCCGCUGCCGCUUCAUCAACCGGCUCGAGGACGUCGACAUCGACUCCGAUCGUCGCGACAUUGACGCCACGGAAUGGCCCGAAGAGGAGCCCAAAAAUCUGUGGGGCAAGUUUUGGGCAGCCUUGGCCUAA